AUGACCGAUAGCGUUCCCACUGGCAAUACAACGAAUCCUCCCACGUACCCUUACGCCAGCCACAAUCCCAUCGCCUAUUCGUAUGCAAGUAGCCAUCCCAGUUCUUACAAUGCCACCACCACACCCGCCACCACUGCAUCCAUCCCACCGACGGCUACAUCACAUUCAAAUGCUACAAGAGUGGAAACCGGAAAACCCUCCCAGACUACCUCAACGUACCCUCAAUACGCAGCACAACCACAGUACGCAGCACAACCACAGUACGCAGCACAACCACAAUACGCAGCACAACCACAGUACGCAACACAACUGCAGUACGCAGCACCGCACUCUCCACAUGCCGCACAAAACCUGCAGCACGGGCCAGAUUUCCAACAGUUCGGGACGCCGCAUCCUCAGCACGUAACUCAAUCCCCACAACACCCUCAGUACGUCGUCCAGAACCUCCGAGUGCGAUACAUCCGAAGCCGUGUGCUCGAAGAUUACAUUAAUGCAAGAUUGGGUGAGUUUGGGGAAGGCUGGAGUAAAACGGUACACCUCUAUGCAGAGUGGGUGACUGGUGAAAGCCGCUGGCUGAUCUACCAAUUUGUCAUACAGACUAUCCAUGAUUGCCACUGCAUUAGAGUUUUGAGGCGCCUCACCCAGGUGGGCCUGAUCCUCUUUCUUUGUGUCCGGCUCCUCGAGAAGGGGCUCCUCCCCGAGUAA